AUGGCAAAAAGUCUAGUGGAAGACAUUAGAUCUUAUGAGUUUAUCUACAUGUUGCAUUUGAUGUUGAAAAUUUUGGCGAUUACAUAUGAUUUGAAUAUGGCUUUGCAACGAAAAGAUCAAGAUAUUGUUAGUGCUAUGAAGCUUGUUGAUUUCACAAAAAGAAAAUUGCAAUCAAUGAGGGAAUCUGAAUGGAAUUCUUUGGUAGAAGACGUCUCCUUAUUUUGUGAAAAGAAUGGUAUUAUGAUCCCUGAAAUGAAUGAGAAGUAUGGUCUUGGAAAGUCGAAGCGUAAAAGCUCAAGUGUUAUAUAUUCUCAUCAUUUGCGUGUGGAAGUUUUUUAUGCUGUUAUUGAUUUGCAACUUUCAGAGCUUAACAAUCAUUUUAGUGAAGUGAAUACUGAUCUACUUCUUGGCAUGGCUAGUUUGAGUCCCGAGAAUUCUUUUGCAAAUUAUGAUAAAAACAGGAUCAUGAAGCUUGCUACUUAUUAUCCAAAUGAGUUCGGUGCUUCCAAGCUUGAUGAUCUUAGUUUUGAUCUUGACAAUUAUAUUUACUAUGUGAGAGAAGUGGACAAAGCUUUUUCAAAUUUGAAAGGACUUGGAGAUCUUUCGAUGGCGUUGGUUAAAUCAAAUAUGCACAAGACAUGGGGACUUGUUUAUUUGCUUGUGAAGUUAAGCUUGAUAUUACCUGUGGCUACUGCAACAGUGGAAAGAGCUUUUUCCUCAAUGAAGUUUAUUAAAAAUGACUUGCGAAGUAGAAUUAAUGAUGACUUUUUGAAUGAUUGUUUAGUUUGUCAUAUAGAGGAUGAAGUAUUUGAAAGUGUACCUAAUGAUGCGAUCAUUGAUCGUUUUCAAAAGAUGACAACUCGUCGAGUGCAAUUGUAA